AUGUGCAUGCUCAGUUUGAUUUUGGGUAGUGGAAAGUUUGUUGGUAUAUAUUUACUUUCAGCAUUGGUGAUUCAGUUUGUUAGUCACAGAUUUACAGACUACCAUGAUCCUACUAUAGAAGAUGCAUAUCAGCAGCAAGCCCGUAUUGAUGGAGAGCCGGCCCAGCUCGACAUUCUUGACACGGCAGGCCAGUUGGAGUUUACCACAAUGCGAGAACAAUAUAUGAGACAUGGAGAAGGGUUCGUAAUCUGUUAUUCAAUAACAGAUAGGCGAAGUUUUGACGAGGUGCUAAAUCACAAAAAUUUGAUUGAUCGUGUGAGGUGCAAGGAAAAUAUCCCGAUAAUUAUAACCGGUAAUAAAUGCGACCUUGAACAUAAGAGAAAGGUUAGUACAGAGGAAGGGGCUCGUUUAGCAGAACAGUUAGGAGCACCAUUCUUUGAGACUUCGGCAGUGUCACGACAGUGUGUAGAUGACACUUUUCAUGGUAUUGUACGAGAAAUUAGAAGAAAAGAGCAUGAAGAACUCUUAUCACUUGAAAAACUGGCCAAAAAGAGACAACGAAAGAAAAGAAUGCACGCAUUCUUCAAUCGCUUUAAUUUCUUCCGUCGCAGAUCCAACAGUCCAUAAAGUAGGACAACUGUUAAUUUUUGGAAUGCUUAUUUCUUAUAAGUGCCAGGGACUUUCAACAUGAAAGACCCAGAAAUGCUUACUGUCCAACUGUGUGAAAUAGAUAUAUUUGAUAUUAUAUAUUAUGUCACAUACGAAAAUGAAAAUAUUUCGGGUUUAAUUGAAUGAUCAUUUUAUAUAGAUGGACAAAUAAAGAAUUUUUUUUUUAUAUACACCAAAUUCAAUAUUUGACAUAAUUCCAAGAAAUGAUUCAAUUGAUGUAUAGAAGAUCAAAGAGUUGUACGGACUUGUAUCAAAUAUAAAUGUACAUAAUACUCUAGAACAGUUAGAUUUUAGUGUAAAUCUGUCCCACUUAAAACAGUUGUGUGUAUUUUUAGAUAUACAUGUACAGAUAUUUUCGUUUUGAUGAUAUAAAUACAAUGCAUUCAAAUUAUCAUUUAUGGUUGUUCAGUUUGGUUGUUAACAUUAAUUUUAAACAGCACUGAGGGUAAAAUCUUUAGCAAAGAGCAGAGUUUUGCUUUGAAGUAAUUAUUGAAAAAUUAUGAGUAAAAUUUAAAGUUAUUUGUGAACUUUUAUGGGAUCAAGUUAACUUAUAAAUGGUAAAGGAUAGUAAAUUACUUUUCUGCUUUUGAAUCAUGGUGACAGGCAACUUAUAUGUUCUUAAUAUUUGAGUAUUGGUUUGGUCAUCUAAUCAGCAAGCUUAUUUAAGAUGGCAUGUUGGCUUGUACCAGAGGUGCCACCUGUGCCAGUUCCCUCAACCCCAUUCCCCACUUACCCCUGAUAGAAGUGGGAAGAUCCCUAUUCGACCAUUUCAAUUUCAGCUUACCUGUUAUGUAUAAUGGAUUAGUCUAAGAAGGAUUUCUUGGUGUUCUUUGCUAAAACAAGUCUCCCCACUCCCCACCCUCCCAUUUUAAUUAGUACUAGUAGUCUAGGAGAAAGUAAUAUAAAUAUAUACAGAAUCAUGUUAAUUUCAUGAUAAUUUGUAAAUCAAUAGUUUGAUUUGAUUUUCCUGUACAUAUUUAAUAACCAGGAAAUCGCAGCUCUAUGUAUUUAUGCAUAAUAUGAAACAUGUAAAAACAAAGAAUUUUAUUACAAAUUUUCUUUUUUGCACUCUAUAUAUUAUAACAUCUGCCAAAUUCUUUAUAAGCUUUGUUGCUGAUUAAAGAUAUCGUGUAAUAAUAUUAUAAUAAUGUUGAAUAAUUCAGUACUUCUUUAUGUCCUUGACAGAGUCUAAAUAUAAAAUCAAAGAAAAUAUUUUUUACAAUUACUAUAACAUAUAUAUUUAUAUAGAAUAUUUAUAUAAAAUAUAUUGAAGGUUUUGACCAUUUGUCAGAUAUGAAUUUUAUUUAAGAAAUCUUAAAUUUUCAUUUUGGUAAUGUCAGCUUGUCAGUAAAAAGGUGGAGUAAGAUUAAAACCAUAGAAACACAAGUGCCAACAAAAUUAAACAAAUGGUAAGGCUAAGGUCUAGACAUGCAUGGGUUGCAAUUGCCAUGACUAUUCCUAAAAAUUAGGAUUUUGCUACAACUAAAGCUCUUCUUUUUUUUCUACAUAAAAACUAAUGAAAAGCAUGCUAAAUUUACAGACUUUAGGUUUUGUUUGCCAUUUUGAACUUCUACCCAUAUAUCUGCCUUUUUACCAGAGAAAAUUGGAUUUGAGCUCUACUUGGUUCAUUAUCAUGUGUCCUUAGAUGAUAUCAGUAUUUGUUUGUCCAGAAAGCAGACUUCUCUAAAUAUUGUAAAUGGACUUGUUCAUCUUUCAAUCUGGAUAAAAGCAUUCAUCAUUUUUAGGGAAAAUUUCAGAAAAUGCAAUAAAUGAGUAACAAGCUGUACAGAUCCUUUCAGAUGGCACUGAUGUACUGGCUAAUGUUUGUCUGCACUUGUCACAUGGGAAGAAUCUAUUGCCACCAUUAGCCAAAGAGUUAAUUUAAUAAGCUUUCAUCAUAGCUCAAUCUAACUUUACUUCAGAUGUACUUAAU